AUGGAAGAGGAUGUGUAUGCCUCGCUAGGUGCCUACAACGACAGCGGCGGCGAGGAUUGGACCAGCUCGGAGCACCUGGUCCUCUGGGAGGAGACGGAGGUGGAGCCAGCUGGGGGAAAUGCCAGCAGUCGGCAUAAUCAACUGCUGUUGGCCAGCUGGAAUAUCAGCGGGAAUGUCACCUCCACGGAGGACGUCCCCUUCGACGCCAACAACUACUGGGCCCUGCUGGCCCUCGUCCUCGUCCUGGGAACGGCAGCGGGGAACAUCCUGGUCUGCCUGGCCAUCGCCUGGGAGCGCCGGCUGCAGAAUGUGACCAACUACUUCCUCAUGUCGCUGGCCAUCACGGAUCUGAUGGUCGCCGUCUUGGUCAUGCCGCUGGGCAUCCUUACGCUGGUGAAAGGAUACUUCCCCCUGGGCUCGGAGCACUGCCUGACCUGGAUCUGCCUGGACGUCCUCUUCUGCACGGCCAGCAUCAUGCACCUGUGCACCAUCUCCGUGGACCGGUACCUAUCGCUCCGCUACCCGAUGAGAUUUGGCCGGAACAAAACACGCCGGCGGGUCACCCUCAAAAUUGUUUUCGUGUGGCUCCUGAGCAUCGCCAUGAGCCUGCCCCUGAGCUUGAUGUACUCGAAGAAUCACGCCUCGGUGCUGGUGAAUGGAACUUGCCAGAUACCGGAUCCGGUGUACAAGCUGGUCGGCUCCAUUGUGUGCUUCUACAUUCCGCUGGGCGUGAUGCUGCUGACAUAUUGCCUGACCGUCCGCCUUCUGGCCCGGCAGCGCCAGAACCUGGGUGGUGGCCAGCAGACGGCAGCCGCCACCCCCGGAUGGGCCAGUGGGUGGCUGGGCCAGGCGCCGGCCUUGGAACGGCGAUGCACCUGGCGACGCCUACUGAAGCCGGGUCCGGGGAACGCCUCCUCAGUGCUGCACGCCCACUCCGCCAAUUCCACGGACACGGAUCUCAGCACUUUGGAUAACCACGAGCUUUGGCUGCCCGAUUCCAGCAUAAAGGAGCCCACGCCCACGACGAUGACGGCCUUGCAUCAGUUUGGAGCCGAGAUGCUGAAGCUCUCCCGCGGUCUGGAGUCAGUGGCCUCGUCAUCCACCACCGGUUCGCCCACCAAAUCCGAAUUUUCCCUAUCGAACCACCUGCAGAUGCAGUUCCCCAGCAGUCCCCAGCGAUACGCCACCCACCUGCAGCAGUCCCACCAGCAGCAGCACAACCACCAGCCGUAUCCUGGCAGUGUGUACCACCAGCAGGUAUCCCCCAAAGGUCGCCAGGGCACCACGGCGUUGGGGAUGUCCACCACCACGCUGGGUAUCGAGCGGGAGAGCACCCGGAACUCCUUGGCCAGCAGUCGCAUGGGCGGCGAGCAGAGCGACGGAACUCUUUCCCAACUUUCCCAACGAUUGCGCGCGUAUAAGAAGCGCCGGAGGGCUUCAUCGGCAGUUCCAGGACGAGAUCGACGCUCCGGCCACGAGGAUGCGGACGAGGACUUGGACACUCCCACCUCCACUCUGCGCCGGCACAAGCGCCACAACAGCCUGCCCAAGAACGCACUCUACCCGCGACACACCACCGUACAGGAGAGCCUCGAUGACGACGACGACGAGGACGAGGAGGUGAGUUCCCGGAACAAGGAUCAGCAGGACCACAAGACCAAGGGCUGCCACUCGGACACCGAGCUGGAUCCUCCGCAGAAGGCAAAGCAGUGCCACAUAGCUGGCCAGAAUCACCAGACGGACUACCUGCAGCUGCCCUCCGUAUGCACCUGUCCCUAUUUCGGAGACAGACCGCUCCAGAAUUGUGUGAAAACGGCCGAGGUAAAGAUCGUCUCAUCCGCCUUCCGGGUGACCACCACCACGACCACGGCGGUGAGCAGUUCUCCAAGCGAAAUGGAGCUGCUCAUGUGCAGUGGUGGCAACAAGAAGUCCCUGACCUCCAGUGUGAGUGCUGGAAUGACUGGCGGAGGCUCGGCAGCCGGAGGAGCAGGACCUCCUGCUACAAUUGGCUCCACACUCAGUCCGCAUUCUGUCCACAAUCAGGGCAGCUCACUGACGGUUCAGAGCGACAGCAGUGGCUAUUUGGCGGCUCCUGGGACUCCCUGUCCGGGGAGACGAAAGUUAAGCAUAUCGAAAACAGCCUCGGUAGUCACCUGGGACUCCAGCCGCCAUCGCCGGCGGGGCAGCAGCUUUGGCGGCGUCCGAACCUCUCUCCUGCUCACGCCCACUAAGACAGCCACACCAACCACCUCGUCCACCCCCCUGAGAAGAUCGGCCACGCUGAGGAGCCACCAGAACAUGAACUACCAGGGAGCAGGAGAUUGUGGUGGCAAGACUAGAAACACCACAUCCUCGCCCUGUAUGCUGCAAAGACAGCAGACGGUGAGGUCGCAUCACUCGCGGAACUCCAGUGUGAUCUCCAGGAACUCCUCGCGCCACGGCAGGAUCAUCCGACUAGAGCAAAAGGCCACCAAGGUGUUAGGCGUGGUAUUUUUUACCUUCGUCAUCCUGUGGUCGCCCUUCUUCGUCCUCAAUCUCCUGCCCACCGUGUGUGCGGAGUGCGAGGAGCGCAUUAGCCAUUGGGUCUUCGAUGUGGUCACCUGGCUGGGCUAUGCCAGUUCGAUGGUUAACCCCAUCUUCUACACCAUCUUCAACAAGGUGUUCCGGCAGGCGUUCAAGAAGGUCCUGUUGUGCCGGUAUUCCAGCACGAGUGCCUGGCGACCCAGUAGAUAGCAGACGCCCGUGAAACCGGGGAAACUGAAGUCGA